AUGGCGGAUUGGCAGGAUGGUGUCGUGUACAAUACCUACAUCAACUGCUCCGAAGAUCAGAUUGCCCUUACCUGCUAUUCCCUGGGCGGCAAGGAGGACAAAUACAGGAUGCGACCGGACGCGACUGUCCGCAACUUAUCUGAGAUGCUCCAACGACAGGUGGUGUCCAUGAGUCGCGAGGGCGAAAUGUCGAUACUUCGGCCCAUGGAUCGGCUGCGGGACUUCGUCUCUGAUGAGGACCGGGUGGUCUUUUGCACCUUCGGCUGGAACCAGAUCUUAGUGCUGCAGACUUUGGAGGCGCUGGCGAAGGGAGCCUUCAGCAAGAGCGCCUUCAACCUGGACUGGAAAUCCACGCUGGGCGUGGACUCCCGCAGCUUGGAGCAGCGGGUCGCGGAGCACAUUGGCCAAGGAGCGCCGGUCCGCGUGCGGAGGUAUUUCCUGCAGCUGAUGCAGAAAUACCUCGCAGACGCGGAAGGCUGGAAGUUGCUUGACUUGAGUUUGGGCCAACACUGGCGACACUUUGUCCCCUUCACCGGCUUCAAGCACCACUGGACGCAGCAUGCGGCGGAGCUCUGUGCGUUUUCGGCCACGACCCCAGUGCCGCAGAGGCCGCCGAGCAUGUUCCUCUUUCGGAAGGAUCCUUUUGGGCACGUCAAGGAUGGCCUGCCGCUGUCGGCCGAUAGGCAAUUUCCGCGCCCCAUCCAGCAGUGCGCUCUCUUACGCAAGGGCCUGGAAUUCGGGAGCUUCGUUCCGGUAGCACCGAACACGCUUCACAAGGAUCAGUUCCGGGAGCUCAUCCUCUCCAUGGACGGAAUUCCUCCUCACCCCGAGGAGGAGGCGAGCGUCGAUUCCUUGGAGCCUUCCUUCUUCGAGGCGGAGGAGCUGAUGCGGCUGCUGCAUGUCCAGUUCCGCCUCUCUGCGAACAUUCCGGCGCUGGUGGAGGGGCCUUUCGACGAGGAGCUGGCGAGGGGCCUGGCGGAGAUGCUGCGGUUGCAGUUCCGGGGCGCCAUGCCGGAGAGGCCAUGCCGGGGGUCUUUGGUGCUUCUGCCAUGGGCGGACUCGUGGGAGAAGUUGGAGGAUGACAAUCUUUGGGAGGACCUGGUAAGGCCUGUCAAGUUUAUAUUUUUGUGCUGA